CUUUCUUCUACGGCCGUAUAACCACGAUUGACUUCCGUAAAAGUGGUGAGAAGAGAGUGUGAUGCGGAUAAGAAGGAAAGGGACUGUUGAAAGAGACUCUGAGAGCGAAGAGGCUCUUUUGCUUUAACCACAACACUCCAAUAGCUCAAGUGAAACUCGCCUGCAGUCGAUUUGUUCUCUUGAUUUGACGAUGAAGGUCUCUAAUCUGACGAUCCGUACUAUACCAUUUAAAAGAAACUUGAAAAACAAACAUAUUCAUAAGAAGCUUGGUUGAGACGGAGGAAGAACAGAGGGACGAGAAGAUCGAGGAGGACGAAGAUGGAACUGGGUAAUCGAUUUUCAAGUCCAGUUUGUUCUAAUCGAUUAAAGUUUUAGAUUGUUUGUUUUUGUGGUUUAAUUCGGAAUUUCUUUCAGGUCUUAAAGAUACUCUAGAAUGGUUGUCUCCAUUGUCCGCAGAAAAAAAAAAAAAGAGUCCAAAUUGGACCUAGGCUCUUCAGCGACAAAUGGCUCAUUUUGAGUUACGAUCGAGCAAAUGUCAGAGGUGUUUCUUGACGAUGGGAAGAAAGAGAGGCUCAUCAAUCAGGAUUAGAAGCUUCCCAACCGGCUCUAACUCAAUAUCGGGUGCCUGGUCCUAUGAUAAAUGGAUGCUCAUGGAUUGAAUUACAACCACUCACUAGCCGAGAAAGCAUCAGUUGGCUAAUAUUUGGUUGGAGCGCAAGGAUUCCCUAGCUGGAGCACCACUUUUGGCCUUAAGGCAACAUUUUUCUGGAGAAAUUUGAGAGGUGGCGGCAUGAAGUAACAAACCAAGUAGGGGAACACAUCACCUCAAGUACGAUUCUGGUGAUGUUCAGAAGAUACUUUUAUUUAUUUUUAGUCUGUAACUAUGGAACUUAUCAAUUGUAUUUGGUUUGCAAUUGAUACUAUAGUGACGCUGCAGUUCGACUAUGCCAUUUUAAAAACAGUUGGUCUAUGUUGAUGCAGUUGCAUAAUUUACUAUUCCUGAGCUGAACAUCGCUGACCAACCAAAAUGGUGGGAAAGAAGUGUUCCAAAGUGCUUUAGAUCAAGCUGGAGAUAGAGUAGGUGUUGUUCAAUUCUAUGGAAAGCACUGUCUCUGGAUUUUGAGCAAUGGAAGAACUGUAUGCGGUAGUGAUUCUGUUUGGAAGGCCUUGAUUUUUUAUGCCAAAAGUUGUGAAUGCUUCUUUAAUGCUGAUCAACACAAUGAUUUGGCAAAGCCAUAGUAGACGUAAAGAAAAUGUUGGACCAAUUUCAUGAGUUGCCCAAUGCCAACAGCAUAAUUUUCAAAAACGCUAGAUGCAAGGUGCUUUUUAGUAUUAACUUUUUGAAGUUAUUCAAGAAUCUGAUGUCGGCCUGUUUGGAGAAGUUAGCACUCAGCACUAGAUCUUCUACUGAAGCAGUCAUGUGGCUAAAGACCCAAGAAGCGCAGUGUACAUAGAAGUUGUAGUAGCUCUUGACUAAUCUUGAAGAAACUUUAAGGUUAAAUCUCAUUGUUUGCACAACAGACUAUUGCAAAGAAUAUGAGAUAAUGUUAAAGGUCUGAGAUGUAUUGCUAUUGCAAAGAAUAUGAAUAAUGUUAAAGGUCUGAGAUGUGUUGCCUCUAGAGGAUAUCCCAAAGUUGAAAUAUCUCUUAGAUACACAAAUAAAAUCAUUUUUAUUGAUCUCGCAGUAUCGCCCGAGGAGCACUAUCUAGUAUUUACUAAACGUGAGUUGGGGGUUACUAUUUUCAAUUGUUCAUACGCGUUGGGAAAUGACACAGCUGUCCUUGGCUUUGAGUUGGAAUCACAAAGUUGCUGCAGGUGUUUUUGGGGAGUCAGAAAAGUGCUGUGGGGGGUUUUUGGGGAGAGCACGUAUGAAAACUGAGUUCAGGCGGUGAGUUGAGGUUACUAUUUCCGAUUCUUCAUCAGGGGUGAGAAAGGAUCUUUUUGUCCUGCUUUUUCUUCCGCAAUGUCAGGUUGUUCUUGGUGUUUGGCAAGACGUCGGCUGGGCAUAUGUGUCUUUGCAGAGUUGAAGAUGUCGUGGGGUUUAGAAACACAAAAUAUAGAUAAACAACAAAGCUGAUCUAUACUCUUCGGGAAGCCUCCAUCCAAAUCAAGGUUCACUGUUAACUAACCUCAGAGUCGGUGAUCAAGAACAAGAACAGUGACAACUCGUCUCCAUCAAAGUCCAAGCAAUCAAAUAGAAAAAAGGAGGACGGGCCACUUUCAGUUUUUUUUUUUGCCAAAGGCUAUUCUCACGUGGGACAGAUAAAGAAGGGGAUCCAUACUUGGUGGAAUGGAAUGAAAGUGAAGGAGCAGUAAAGCGUACCUAUCAUGGUCUUGGGAAGCGGACUGUUGGGGUUGUGCAGUUUGAUACCACCAAGAAUUGAUUCUUGGCUACUGGUGAUGAGUUCAUCGUUAAAUUCUGGGACAUGGACAAUGUUAACCUUUUGACGAGUACAGAUGCAGAUGGUGGACUGCCGGCUUCUCCUCCUAUUAGAUUUAACAAAGAAGGAAUACUGUUAGCUGUCUCAACAAAUGACAAUGGCCUCAGAAUAGGAACAUUUGGAUCGUCUAACAUUACUGUUGGAACAGGCAUUGGAGAUCGAGUGACUCCAAUGCCAGCCAUGGUUGGACUGAAGAUACCCAGGAUACCCACCCACCAAUUCAUUAAGAAGAAAGCAGAGAAUUCAGUGAAGGUACAGACCAUUGUGGGUAUUUCAAUCCCAGUGGCUGCUCUUGACCUUGAUAAUGAAGACACUACAAAAGAAGAGUGAGAAAGAGAAGGUAGAGCCUGAAAUUUUUGUUGUGAAUGAAGAAAAGAGAACAGGAGAAGAUGAGAAGAAGGGUGAGCGGUUUGGUGCUUCGUGCUGAAGCUCAAAUCUUCCUUGCAUGGAUAAGCUCAGGGAUGAG